UUUUUGUUGACGUUUUAAUGGUUUUACAUCUGUUUUCAUCAGUCUUUCAAGUCUGUUCAAAUCGAUAUCUCGCCGAAAGUUGAAUCGGUUGUGUAUCCAUUCUUUUAUCUGUUAUCUGCUAGUAGCAUGGCUGAUCGCAGGCAGAUGAAAGAAGUACUUACUGUGUUAUUAUUAUGCAUACUGUGGUAUAUAGUUAGUUCAAGUAAUAAUGUUAUUGGAAAAAUGUUACUUAGUGAAUUUCCCUAUCCGAUGACGGUUACAAUGGUGCAGCUGUUAUCAAUAACAGUUUAUAGCGGACCCAUUUUCAAUUUAUGGGGCAUAAGAAAAUACGUGGAUAUAUCGUGGAAAUACUACUGUAAAUUGAUAAUACCCUUAGCCCUUGGGAAAUUCCUUGCGUCCGUGUUUUCCCACGUAAGCAUAUGGAAAGUCCCUGUCUCCUAUGCUCAUACUGUGAAAGCAACAAUGCCACUUUUUACUGUGAUCUUAUCGAGAGUAAUUAUGGGUGAGAAACAGACUGUGAAAGUGUAUGUUAGUUUAGUUCCUAUUAUUGUUGGAGUUGCUAUAGCCACUAUAACAGAAAUUAGUUUUGACAUUAUAGGACUAGUCAGUGCUUUAAUAUCAACAAUGGGAUUUUCUCUUAUGAAUAUAUUCUCUAAAAAGGUUUUGCAUGAUACAGGAGUGCAUCAUCUUCGAUUGCUACAUGUUUUAGGAAGAUUGGCUUUAAUGAUGUUUCUACCUGUAUGGUUCUGUGUAGAUUUUAUGUAUUUAUUGCAAGAUACCAAGUUGCAUACUAUUCAGUCAAAGACAACAGCUUUAUUGUUAAUUGAUGGAGCUUUAAAUUUUAUGCAGAACAUUAUAGCAUUCAGUGUUCUCUCAUUAGUGACCCCAUUAACUUACGCAGUGGCUAAUGCCAGUAAGAGAAUAUUUGUGAUAGCCAUAUCACUUUUUGUGCUAGGAAAUCCAGUAACUGGUUUAAAUAUUUUUGGAAUGCUGUUGGCAAUAUUUGGAGUCUUGUAUUAUAAUAAGGCAAAAUAUGAUGCGCGAAUUGCUCACGCGAAGCAGACGUUACUUCCUUACAAUCAAAGUUCUUGGCAAUCAAGAAAUCGAUAUUUAUUAAAUCCCCAACAAAAUGGUGGUUUAGAUAUAGAUUAUAGGAAACAAUACGUAAAUGGCAAUAUACCAAAUGGAAAAUACAUGAAUAACAAUUCUUUUGUAAACAACACAAACUCAAGCAGUACUAAUUUGUUGUUUGUAUGACAAUAAUUUUAUUUUUAGAUAGGAAAUAAUAUUUUUUUAAAGUAUUUCUUUCAAUUGUUAACCAUUUUAUUUAUGGAUUAUGUUUACAACUUUUCCCUCGAUUUUUAUAUCUCGAAUUAUUUAACUGACCUGUAUUACAGAAGAGGGUGACAAUCUUUUUCUAAUAUCCAUUCUAAUGUUAUGAAUGCUUCUCAUUGUCUCCUCCAACCAGGCCCGAAAUUUCAAGAGUAUUAAUAAACAGUGACGUCGUUGUUGAAUAUUGGAACUUUCUUCAAAUUUUUACAACGACAUCCCUAUCUCAAUUUUUUCUAUUUUUUUUCUUUUGUACAUUGUCAUUUGCAUUAUCAAAAAUAUGCACCAUUUUAGGUGUUAUACAGUUGAUAAAUAAAAAAAUAUAUAGGAUUUUUGAGUAAAAUAGAAGAAAAACAUGGUUGAUAGAUUUAUAUAAUACAUGAUUACGAUAGUGCCAGAAUGUAAAAUAAGAAGACAAAUUAAAAUUAUGGAGAUACUUAAUCAAAAAAAAUAUAAUAAUAAAUAUUUUAUCAGAUACUACAGACGCAUGGCAUUCAUUUAGAAAAUGUAGAUCACCCUGUUAUAUACUUAACUAUUUAUGUUUGAGCGAUUAUAAAAGACGCACCGAAUUAUUUAUAUAUCUUGUUAAAUUAUACAUUUCGAUUUGUUUUCUUUCAUAUUUUAUUUAUAAAAAAGUACAGUAUUGUAGUGUUAUGCUAUGGAGGUUUUUUGUCUAUUUUUUCUGUGGAAUUGUGUAAAUAUGUAAAUAAAUAAAUAUUUUUUUUAUAACAUG